GCGCCAAGCACGUGCGGCCAUCUACCUCCUACCAGACCCCUAUCAAUGCUCUCAAUUCUCCAACCCUUCCCCAGUCGUUGUCACCGUCACACCAUGGAAACGACAACCUCCACCAAACCGUCACCCUCUCUCUAUUUAUAAGCAACCCCAGUAGAGUUCUCCUACACCAAAAUCAUCUCUACAUUGUUACAUCAAAACCAAGAAAAUCAAAUGGCACAAUCAGUCACCGGAAUCCAAAUUGGAGGGAUGUCGUUUCCUCCCUCCGUCAAGCCACCCGGCUCCGGCAAUACCUUUUUCCUCGGCGGCGCAGGGGUGAGGGGGAUGGAGAUACAGGGGAAUUUCGUGAAGUUCACGGCGAUCGGAGUCUACUUGGAGGAUAAGGCCGUGCCGGCGCUUGCCGUUAAGUGGAAGGGCAAGACGGCCGAGGAGUUGACAGAGUCGGUUGAGUUCUUCAGGGAGAUCGUUACAGGUCCUUUUGAGAAAUUCACACAAGUGACAAUGAUACUACCGCUGACGGGCCAGCAAUACUCCGAGAAGGUUUCAGAGAAUUGUGUUGCCAUUUGGAAAAAGUUUGGAAUAUACACUGAUGCAGAAGCGAAAGCCAUUGAAAAGUUCAUAGAGGUCUUCAAAGAUCAGACCUUCCCACCCGGCGCUUCAAUUCUCUUCACACAAUCACCAAAUGGAUCAUUGACGAUUGGCUUCUCCAAAGAUGGUUGCAUACCCGAAGUUGGGAAUGCGGUGAUUGAAAACAAGCUACUUUCAGAGUCAGUUCUCGAGUCAAUUAUUGGGAAGCAAGGUGUUUCUCCUGAAGCAAGGAAAAGUGUGGCUACAAGGCUAUCAGAAUUGUUGAAAGAGAAUGAUCAUUGUGUGGCCGGAAAUGGGAAAGUGGACGAGUGCACAAAGGAAGCAGAAGUCAAGGCAUGAAACUGAACCUAUUCUGUACUUCAAGGCCUGCUUCGUUUCUAGAUCUCUUCCCAUAUAGCUUUUCUUCCUUGUCCAAAUGAGAGACACUCAAGCAUGUUCUAUUUGUCCUGUUUUCCUAUAUAUGUAUCUUAUUUUGUAAUUGAAGGCCUGCUUUAGUUUGUGAUCUAUUCCCAAUUGACCGAUGAAAAUUAAGGGUGAUCUGGGUGGUGAUA